CUCUUCCUUCCGAGUCUAAAUCUAGAAAACGAGUCUUCCGUUGCUCUAACUGUUGCUGAUGAAACAUAAGGAAUGGAAAAAGAAGAAGAAAAACAAAUACUAAGAAGUAGAAGAGAACUAAAAAACGUGUGGAUGCCUGGACGGUGAGAAGCAUUUUAGCAGCUCUCGAUUUCCAAUUUCUCUUUUGAAAGUGUCCACUCUCCCUUUCACUAUUAAUACCCAACUCACCAAACCCGCAAAAACCAUUUUCUGUUCCUCUCCAGAUUGCUUCUCUCUCUCCCUGUCCUCUGAGAUCUGAACAGGAGGAAAACAGCAAUUUCUAGAUUGAAGAUUCAUGGCCGUGGCCAAGGAAUUCCUGGGUUCGUCUUUGGUGGAGAGAUCGUCUUUCCUUCCUUCUUCUUCAGGAUUUUCCCUUAAUCAUCGGUUCAACCAGCAACAAAACAAGCUUUCAUUUUCUCCUGUUUUGAUUCCUUCGGAGAAAAGAAGACUGCAUUCGGGGAAGGCUGCAUCGGUCCCUGUUGCGGCUAUUAGUGAGGAUUUGUUUAAAAUUGUUGCUCCAGAGAAGCCCGUGAAGUUUAAGGUGAGAGCUGUGGUUACUGUAAGGAGGAAGAACAAGGAAGAUUUGAGGGAGAAAAUCGCAAAACAUCUGGACGCCUUGACUGACAAGGUUGGAAGGAAUGUUGUCUUACAGCUUAUUAGCACCGAAAUCGAUCCAAAAACAAAGGAGCCAAAGAAGAGCACAAAAGCGGCUCUGAAGGACUGGUCGAAGAAAUGGAAUCUUCAAGCGGAAAGAGACAAUUACACAGCAGAACUUACUGUGGCCUCGAAUUUUGGGGAACCGGGUGCCAUAAUAGUAAUCAACAAACAUCAGAACGAGUUCUUCUUGGAGACCAUAACCAUCGAAGGCUUCGCAAGUGGCCCUGUCAAUUUCGUCUGCAACUCCUGGGUUCAAUCGAAGAAAGAUCAUCCAGAAAACAGAAUCUUCUUCUCCAAUAAGCCAUUUUUGCCUUCUGAUACACCAGCUGGACUGAAAGAGUUAAGAGAGAAGGAACUGAAAGAGCUAAGAGGUAAUGGAAAGGGGACUAGAAAGGUAUCCGAUAGGAUAUACGACUAUGAUACUUACAACGACCUGGGCAAUCCAGACAAGGGGAUCGAGUUAUCCAGAGUUGCCCUCGGAGGUCAAAGCAUACCUUAUCCUCGGCGAUGCCGAACUGGUCGCUCUCCCACCGAUACUGAUAUGAGGGCAGAGAUCCGUGUGGAGGAUCCCCUGCCGAUAUAUGUGCCUAGGGAUGAAGCAUUUGAGGAGGCGAAGCUAGAAACAUUGUCUGAUGGGAAUCUAAAGGCGAUUCUCCACAACUUGAUACCAUCUAUAAUGGCGAGUCUCUCUGCGGACAACCAUGACUUCAAGGGGUUCUCUGAUGUGGAUAGCCUCUACAAAGAAGGGCUACUCCUUAAAGUAGGUUUACAUGAUCAGCUCCUUAAGAAGCUUCCCUUGCCCAAGGUUGUUCGUAGUAUUCAAGAAUCCAGCCAGGGACUUCUCAGAUACGACACUCCCGGGAUUCUCACUAAGGACAAGUUUGCUUGGCUACGAGACGACGAAUUCGGUCGUCAGGCAAUCGCAGGGAUCAACCCCGUUAGCAUCCAAAGGCUUGAAGUCUUCCCUCCGGUAAGCAAUCUGGAUCCAGGGAUCUACGGUCCACCGGAAUCGGCAAUCAAGGAAGAACACAUCAUAGGCCUUCUUGAGGGGAUGUCCGUACAACAGGCCUUGGAGGAGAAGAAGCUGUUUGUACUGGACUACCACGAUAGCUACUUGCCAUUUCUGGAGAGGAUAAAUGCCCAGGACGGUCGUAAAGCAUACGCCACUCGUACCCUCUUUUUCCUGACGCGACUCAGGACUCUCAAGCCCAUCGCCAUCGAGCUGAGUCUCCCCUACACAGGGGCUAUUUCCUCCUCGUCGUGGAAGCGAGUUCUUACCCCUCCGGUGGACGCCACCACGAACUGGCUGUGGCAACUGGCGAAAGCCCACGUCUGCUCCAACGAUGCAGGGGUUCACCAGCUGGUGAACCACUGGUUGCGAACCCACGCCUGCAUAGAGCCCUUCAUACUAGCGGCUCACAGGCAAUUGAGCGCAAUGCACCCCAUCUUCAAGCUUCUGGAUCCCCACAUGAGGUACACCAUGGAAAUCAACGCCUUGGCCCGCCAGAUCCUCAUCAAUGCCGGCGGUGUCAUUGAGUCUUGCUUCACCCCUGGCCAAUGCUGCAUGGAGAUCAGCGCUGCUGCCUACCGCAAUUUCUGGCGCUUCGACCUUGAAGGUCUCCCUGCCGAUCUCCUCCGAAGGGGAAUGGCUGUCAAAGACUCCACGCGGCCGCAUGGAAUAAAGCUGGUGAUGGAAGAUUACCCUUACGCCAACGAUGGUCUACUCGUCUGGUCAGCAAUCGAGUCAUGGGUUCGAACCUACGUGAACCGGUACUACCCGGACUCGACCGUCAUCCGGUCCGAUUCUGAACUCCAAGACUGGUACAGCGAGGCCAUCAACGUAGGCCACGCCGAUCUUCGCCAAGAGAGCUGGUGGCCCAAACUCUCCGAACCAGAGGACCUCACCUCCAUCCUCACCACCCUCAUCUGGCUUGCCUCCGCUCAGCAUGCGGCGCUUAACUUCGGCCAGUACCCUUACGGUGGUUACGUUCCGAACCGGCCGCCCUUGAUGCGGCGGUUGAUACCAGCGGAGGGUGACCCUGACUAUGCCUACUUCAUGGCUGACCCGCAAAGAUUUUUCUUCUCUGCACUACCUAGUUUGCUACAGUCGACUCAGUUCAUGGCCGUGGUGGACACGCUGUCGACUCACUCGACCGAUGAGGAAUAUCUUGGGGAGCGACAGCAACCGUCGAUCUGGACGGGGGAUGCAGAAAUGGUGGAGGCAUUCUAUGGAUUCUCUGCAGACAUGAGAAGGAUAGAGAUGGAGAUAGAGAAGAGAAACAACGAUUCAAGCCUCAAUAAUAGGUGUGGGGCUGGGGUAUUGCCCUACGAGCUGCUUGCUCCGAGUUCUGAACCAGGGAUCACUUGUAGAGGUGUUCCUAACAGCAUAUCCAUAUGAUAUAUAUAUAUAUAUAUAUAUGGACUCUUAUUCUUUAGAUUAAAUUGCACUAGUGAUGCAUUCCUUCUCUAGCUAGGAACUAGAAUGCUCCAAGGUGCGAAUUGUAAAAAGAAUGUAAGCAGAGGAUUAGAUCAUGCACCUAGUACUAUUAUUAGUGUUGUAUUUCUUCACUAUUUGUCA